AACUGCCUAUAAAAAUAAAAGAAUUUAUGUUAAACUUGGCAACCCUCUUUUACUUGUAUUUCAUUAAAAAUUCUCAGUCUCAAUUCAUUCAUUCCCCUGAGUUGGUGAAGACAAGUGCUGGCCGGUUUUCGAUAAGUAUCAAGAACUUUUGCACUCGAAACUGCAAGUGAUUGACAAAUAAAGGAGUUUUAACAUAGUGUUCAACAAAUUCACACGCACACAUACUAACAUUAUGCAACUUGCAAUAAUAGGUGGUACCGGAAUGACCGGCCAAUGUGUUGUUGAUUAUGCAGUUGAAAAAGGUCAUCAAGUACGAGUUCUUUACAGAACUGAAAAUACUGUGCCCGAUCGCUUCAAAAAAUCGGACAAAAUAAAACUGGUACAGGGCAAUGUUCUAAAUUUUGAUGAUUGCGAAAAAGUCGUUGAUGGUGUAGAUGGUGUUUGCAUCAUUUUGGGGACCCGUAAUAAGUUAGAGGCUACCACCGAAAUGUCAACGGGAACAGCAAAUCUUAUAAAAGCCAUGAAGUCGAAGAAUGUCAAACGUUUUUCGAUCGUUAUGUCCUCAUUUUUAUUCCGGCCAGUUGCUGAAGUGCCGGCAAUGUUUCACCGUUUAAACGACGAGCACAAACGUAUGUUGGAGCUAACAAAAUCCUCAGAUUUGGAUUAUAUUGCAGUUUUACCACCUCAUAUUGCUGACGAACCGUCAAGCGAAUACACUGUCUUGCAUGACGAGGCUCCCGGACGUCUAGUUUCCAAAUUUGAUUUGGCCAAGUUUAUAGUCGAUUCUUUGGAACAACCAGAACACUAUCAGCAAGUAUGCGGCAUAGCCAAAAAGCUCGAUUGAAAUAUCAGAAAUUUAAAUCGAUUUAAAAUGGUGGUUAUAAAGAAGAUUCUAUUCCUCGCCUGUAACUAUUACAGACAUUUUUGUGUAUUGCAAUUAAAUGCCCUAGUCUCACCUAUGUAAAUUAUUUCGCAUUUGAAAUCUAAACUAUUUGGGUAACGUGACAGUAAUACCAUACACAUACACACACACACACCAUAACAUUUCUAAUGUGCCUUUCUAUUCAAAAAACAAUCUAUACAACAUGUGGUCGUUUGGCAUUUUUAUUACUGCAUUUAAUUUAGUAUUCCAACGUAGUAUUUAUUAUAGUUCCGCAAUGGAAAUUCUUAAUUGGACAAAUGUGCUAGGGUAUAAUGAUUUUUUUUGGCUAUAUAUGCAGCUUUAUUGUUAAGUAUCUAUAUUUUUCAUGGAAAUAUGAAAUUUAUUGUAUUGAAUAUCGAAUAAAUAAUAAAAAUUAUACAGAUAAAAUCGUGACAUCAAAGUGACUGAGAA